GUGCGCGCGGCGGCAGCGGAGGCCCCCGCGCACGUGUCUCCAAGGCGACGGGCGGCGACCAUGAGGCGGCCGAACGUGCUGAUCACUGGCACACCAGGAGUUGGGAAAACCACGCUGGGAAAGGAGCUGGCGGCGAGAGCAGGGCUGAGCUACGUCAACGUGGGGGACUUGGCCAAGGAAGGAGAGCUGUACGAAGGCUUUGAUGAGGAGUAUGACUGCCCCAUUUUGGAUGAAGACAGGGUGAUUGAUGAGCUGGAGGACAGGAUGAGCGAGGGAGGGGUGAUUGUGGAUUACCACGGCUGUGACUUCUUCCCCGAGCGCUGGUUCCACAUUGUGUUUGUGCUGCGCACAGAGAAUUCCUGUCUGUAUGACCGACUGGAGAGCAGGGGCUACACAGGGAAGAAGCUGCAGGACAACAUUCAGUGUGAAAUUUUUCAGACUCUAUAUGAGGAAGCUGUGUUGUCAUAUAAAAAGGAAAUUGUACACCAGUUACCCAGCAACACUCCAGAGGACCUAGAGAGAAAUUUGGAUCAAAUUAUGCAAUGGAUUGAGCAAUGGAUAAAGGACAACAACUGACUUCUGAUGAAACAGUAACUGCUGGAUCACUUCUUGGGAGGGAGGUUUUAAUAAAUGCUAUUCAUAAAUCUUGUAUUAUAAAUGAACAUGAAUUUUAUUGUAAAUGCCUAGGGAGUAGAAGAAGGUUCAAAGUAGCCAGGUUGUGAGGAUUUGUAACAGCACCCUGAGAGAGAAGAGGAGAACUGAUGCAAAUGACUGAAAGGGUAAAAAUGAGGCGGUUGUCCUGAAUAGCAGGAGUUGUGUUCAGUAACUAAGAAUUCUUUGGACCUUACAAUUAAAACCAAACCAUUAAUUCCCUGCAAGAAAACUGUAAAAUCCUGAUAGCAGGUGGCAGUUGAGGCACUCCUGAUUUCCAGAGGAUGGAACAGUGUCCUAGAGUGUUCUGAUGCUGAGUUGUGGGACUAAAAUCUGCUGUGCUUCACUGUGGCCUUGGGGGUGUAAGGAUAAUGCAGAGUGAGAGGGUUUGGUACAGGCUAAGGUUGGUUCUUUGCUUUGGAAGGAAAAGAAGUGAUGCAAGAGUUAUUUUAAAAUGGUUGCACAGAGCUUUGGAGAUUCCUUGAUGCCUUCAUGUGUAAGGAGACAUCAGAUGUGUGAGCACUGGUCUGGAGUCUUUAAAAAUAAACUUUAUUUUUCCUUUUUUCUCUGUCUUUCCCAUCCCCUGUCCUAGUCAUGGAAUGUAUACAUCACUGCAAGAUUACCCAAGAAAUGCAUCACUUGUCAGGAUAGACCUGCAGUCAUCCUAAAGGUGGUCACAGAUAAAACACUGGCAGGGAUCUGUUCUGAUUGUUGUUAAAGCCUGUGCCCCAGGGGGGCAGGGCUGCUCAAGGAAGAGAAAACCUUUUUUCAGAGAAAAGCUGCUUGGAAAGAAAGCCUUGUGAAAGAUUCUGUAAAAAGUGCUUGCUUAUAAACCCUUUAUACGUGAAUUUGGAUAGUAAAACAACUUUCUUGAAAA